AUGAACGGCCGCAGAGAGGCCAUUACCAUCGUGACCGCACUAUUCCUGGCAUUGUCGUGCAUCACCGUCUCUCUCCGAUGCUUUGUGCGGUUACGACUCAUGCGCGCGUUCGGGUGGGAUGAUGGGAUCAUGGUGGCCGCCUUGUGCUUGUAUAUAGGGUUCUCUGUCUGUAUCUUUGUGGGGAGCUACUACGGCGUGGGGGAGAAGACGGCCUGGUUUAUCGGGAAGGAGAACCAGAUGCAAACGUCAUUGUUGUGCUGGUGGGUGGGCCAGAAUUUCUAUAUCGUGAGCUGCGUCGUGGCCAAAAUCUCCAUCAUUAUCGCCCUCCUCCGCAUCACCAUCGUUCGCGCCCACGCCAUCAUUCUCUAUGUGGCCGGGGCUUUGACCGUAGCCGUGGGAAUGCUGUUCCUCUUUUUCAGUAUCUUCGAGUGUCGCCCGGUCAGCUACUUCUGGAUGCGUCAGCCUGGUGAAGGCAGCUGUCUGUCCGUGGAUACCUUGCUGGCGAUCGUCUACCUGUACAGUUCCAUUGCGGCCCUGACCGACUUCACCAUCGGUUUGUUGCCGUGCUUUAUCAUCCUGGACUUGCAGAUGUCAGCGCGCACCAAGUUCGCGCUUGCGGGAAUCUUGGGUCUCGGCUGCAUUGCCAGCUCCGCCGUCAUCGUCCGUAUCCCCUUCCUCCCCACCUACCGCGACCACGAUUUCCUAUACGCCACCUAUCAAAUCUCCAUCUGGUCGAAUGUCGAGGCCGGGCUAGGCAUCACCGCAGGCAGCUUGACUACCCUGCGACCGCUGUUUCGCCUCUGCCGCGAGCGGUCGUCCAGGUCGAGCUACCCACUCUCCUACAUGGGCGCCUCCCAGAAGACCCGUCAGGGCGGACGCAUCUACGACGCCACCAGUGACGAGACGCACGGCGUGACCACGACGAUCAUCGGGAAUCCAGAGGUGGCCAUCCCGUGGAAUACCAGCGAGGAUCGGUUGACAUCGGAGAACCCGGGGGUCUUGGGAGUGGAGCGGUCGUUUCGGGUGCAGGUGGAGAAUCAAUAG